CACUGUUUAGCGAUCAAUCAAUUUCAAUAACUUAAAAACGACCGAAAACAAAACAAAUAAUCUCAAAAUUUUAAUAGUAAGUAAACGAAAAUAAUAUACUUUGCUCAACGUAACACUAGACAUGCAUUAUACUAUCGGUGGCAACAUGGGUGGUGAAAGUGGAACAGUUGAUUUUGGAAAUGCUUUUUCUUCUGAUGCCAUGUCAGACAAUUUGGAUGCGGCGAUGGAUGCAGACAGGCUAUGCCCCUUAUGUAAUUCUGAAAUCCGGCUAUUCUUUAUAAACUUUAAUGAGAAAAUUCUCAUGUGUGAAAACACUGAGUGUGAAUUCCCAUUUGGCCAUGAGAAAGUGCUACUCGUGAGGAGCGAUAGUAACGGCGAAUCUGAGGACGAUGAGCUCGACAGUCCACCCGCCAGGACCAACGUGUCACCAUCGGGCACUGGCUCCACAGUAUCAUGUAGUGAAAUCAACCACAUCAACCCCGAAGUUGAUGAUAGUGAUUCUGAAAUGAACGUACUGGAUGUAAACAUCAAUGAUCAACAACUAUUUCAUUAUAAGACAAUGUACAAUCAGGGAUUAAAUCGGAACAUUAAAGAUAUUAGAGAGAUGAUAGUAGAAGAAAUAGAUGAAGAAGACGAACCACAGAUUAAGAAUGAGGAAUGGUUAAGGCACUUGAAGAAAUUACAAGAAUUAUCGGGAGUUAAAUUACUGAAGACGGAGGAGAUGGAUUUGUUGAAGAAAGAAACUCCUGUGAUGGGGGUUGGCGAACUGAAGAUUGAGAUUGCCCCCAGCAACGGUAGCAAUAUAUCUAUUGUCAAAGUGGAGGUACACCACUCCGGUGAGAACAUUGAGAUUCAAGCUGAAUCAUCACAACCAACUGGGAAGGAUCCAUUACCUGUUUGAAUACUUUUGGAACUCAUUAUCAUUAUGUUUUUGUACCAAAAGGCAGUAAAUAUUUUGGUCCCACCGAAAAUUAAGAUUAAUUAAGAUUUCAUAUCAUACAUUGUUGAGAAGCUACAUUCAUCAUACAUUAAUUAUUUCUUUUUAUAUUUUAGUAAUUUAUUGUAACUAACUAACCUUACAAAGUGGUAUUAUUUACACUGAAGAAAAGGGUUUUUAUUUUGUGAUAUUAAUUUAAAAAUAAUAUUACCAAGGUCUCCACUGAUAAAUUGAUUCAGUACAAUACUGCAUAGGUAUUUAAGAUUUACAAAGGUACUUAUUAUACCUACACAAUACCUAUAAUUUUCAUUCAUUCAUAUACUAUUACAAUCUGACUAAUGUGUGUGACAGGGUAUGUUACUAACCUAAACAUUAUAAUAAACAAUAAUAAUUUAUUAAUAAGAUUUGAUAAUGUUUAAGGGCGUGUGUCUAAAGACGCUAAUAAAUUUCCUUCAAUAGAA